CGGCUGACGCGUCGCGCACUCAGAGCCCUUCCCGAACCACAUAACACCACCAGGGAAUUCCUCUGGCAUAUAGUUGCGUGAAUAGCGGGAAGGAGCGAGUAUAUAGACGUGUGAGUCCGCUGGUAGGUAUUCAGUUGCUGAGGAACCACGAGAAGGAAUAACGACAUCAUCAAAAGCAACACCAACGGGUUCUCAUCAACGAGUGCAGCCUUUACUUCCCCUCCACGAGCUCCUCUCAAGAUGCGGACCGGGGUGGUGGCCGGCCUGUGCGUGGCGCUGGUGGUGAUGUGCCUGUACCUGCCCCAGCCGUGCGAGGCUCAGUAUGAAACUCUGAUAGCUUCCGUUCUUGGAAAACUCACUGGACUGUGGCACAACAACUCAGUGGACUUCAUGGGCCACACCUGUCACUUCCGCCGCCGUCCUAAGGUCAGGAAAUUCAAGCUGUACCACGAGGGCAAGUUUUGGUGUCCUGGCUGGGCGCCUUUUGAGGGCAGGUCGAGGACAAAGAGCAGGUCGGGGUCAUCCAGGGAAGCCAUCAAGGACUUCGUGCGCAAAGCUUUACAGAACGGACUCAUCACACAGCAGGACGCUACGGUGUGGGUGAAUAAUUAAGGCAGAGGGAAUGAACUGUAGUGUGCGAGGAGGAGAGCGAAGAGAACAAGGAAGUGACUGUCUGGUUUAUAAUUAUUUUUCUAAGGAAAGUUACUGCUAAUUACAAAGUCAGUAAAAUUAAGGAGCUAGUGAAGGCAAUGGAAAAGCAAAUAUGUGAAGAAAGUACCAAAUACUGUUGCGAGAUUUCUCAAUGCAUUCUCGUCUUUAUUUUUCUUUUCCUUUUUCCCUCAGUCUCCACCGUCACUGCCUUUGACACGUUAAACACAAAAGUGGAACUACAUGAGAGUGGAUAUUACAAUUAGAUAAAAAAAAUAAAAAAUAAAAUAAACUACGUAAGAUAAAAGGAAGAAGAAAAAUCACCCAUGUUUUGGCUGUAAUAACUGUAGUAAAUACAUUUUUGUAUGGACAAGGUAAGAAAAAGUUGUGAAGUAAGUCUUAAUUAUACGUGAGCUGUUGGAUCGUAACAGCCAUGACUUAAAAAAAUGACACUCAGUUAUUCAUUGUAUCUGUUAAAUAUUUAAAACUGUUAGUAAAAAAAAAAAUAUAUAUAUAUAAAUAUAUGUAUAUAUACCGUU